AUGGGGGCAGCAGCUGGAAGAAGAGAAGGCAUUAAUCUGGAAUCAAUUCUACAGUUCGUUACUGGAGCAGAUGAUGAACCAUCACUCGGCUUCGUCAAAACCCCAUCUGUCGACUUCACCGACCUUGCUGGUAGCCUGCCUACAGCCUCCAAAUACGAUGACGAAGGGGCUGGGACCCAAGAAUUAGACAACAAUAUCGGUGGAUCCGAUCUGGAAUUGUCUGAGCUGGACUCUGACAGUGAUGAUGACAUUCCACUCGCCGAUAUCAUCCCGCUAGCGGGCCUCGUAGACCGCGGAGGUGGAGAUGCUGGACACGCCCACAACGAUCGCCGCUGGACAGCUGAUCUGAAACCUAUACGUGUGAAGGAUUUCGAGGAUAUAGCUGGCCCUACUACCGCACUGGAUGCUGAGAAGAAAGAGCUGGAUUUCUUUCACCUGAUUUUCCCUGAAUCCUUGUACGACAAGCUAGCCCAGCAGACCAACACCUAUGCUGCUAAGCGGAUCCGGGAAAAGGCAGACAGCUCGUGGCAGGCAACUUCGCCCACCGAGAUCAAGACCUUCUUGGGGAUUGUGAUUUUUAUGUCACUGCUGGACCUGCCAA